AUGGAUAUUAAUUCUCCAGAUUCUGUAAUUGAUCAGGAAAAUAAUAAUGAAAUUUGUGAAGAUCAAGAAAAUGAAACAAUAGCAAGUACCUAUUUAGAUGAAGAUAAAGAUAUUAUGUCACCAAAGCUCGCAAAUUUUCAAUUUGCUGUACUGCAUAAUGAAACAAACAUAGUAAACAAUCAGCCAAUAGAUGUUAUUAAUUGGAUGGCUCCCGAAAAAAUGCGUAAACUAUUGAAAGAAUCGGUGAAUUUUAAUCAAAUUCCAUAUGGCCAAGAAGUCAUUCAUGAAAGCUUUUUAGAUAUUAUUCAACAUGCAUGGAGGGAUGUCCUGGAAGAAAGAAUUAGUAUGAAUGCAUUAUCUUCAAAACUUCUUGAAUUG